AGAUAUCCUCAUAUGAAUAUAAUAGAAUAUAAUUAUGUGCAGCUCUCAAGCAUUCUGUGUUGCUUUCAGAUUUAUUUCUCCUGUAGAUCAUAGUUUCUCAUGUAAUAUUGAACAAAUAUACCUUUCUGAAGGCAUUUUUUAUUUGUUAUUUAAAUGCAAGAUAUAUUUCAGAAAGUUUUUUUUCAACAAGUGAUGCUUUAAAAAAGUGGUGGGAACAAAAUCAGCCAUUUCAAAAUGUGUAAAUGACACCUGUGCUCGUCAAUAGAUAUUCUUUAUGCAAAACAAAGAGGCUCCAUGUAGAUCUGAGCUGUCAUCUGUGAGUGAUAUGCAAGUGUUUUGAUGCAACACAUAUUGUCACAGUGAAAAACGUUUCCAGCCGAUUAUAGGCUAGAUGACAUAACGCCUGAAGACUAAUAUCUUCCAGAGGGAUUUUUCUAACAAACACACCAAAUUAGUUUCAAGUUUAUAGUCCGGGGAGACAAAGUUCUUAUUCUAAGGAGGAGAAGAAAGGUUAAAUGGGAUUAACUUAAAUAUUACUUACUGGAUACAGCCCGUCUGUUUAUUUUUAUGUCUCCUGAAAUUUUGAUACAAAAAUAAUGUUAGUAAGGCAAACACUUGGAUAUCUGUUGGCUCUAUCACAAGACAAAACCAACAAGCUGCACAUAAGCACAUUUGAAUCAAUUGCUCUGUACUAGGGCCUAUCUGUUGAUCCAUAAUGUGCAGUCAGUGAGUGGAAUUGAUCCUGGCUUCCUUCAAAAUAACUGCAGGGCUUUUAGCCAGUUAUCACUGGUAAACACAGGGCAGACAGUGUACACAAAAGCUGUCAUCUACAGGGAGUUCAUAUGCAGGUACACUGUGUUCUUAAAGCCUCAAUGCUUAAGCAUUUCAUACCACCAACCUCCGGUUCUUAGCUAGAGUAGGAAAAAUUACCCCUUACUGAAAUUAUACACUAUACAGAAGCUGUUCUAGUGGACACUUGCCAUUGAGAACUUGAAACAAGUGCACUAGACUUUAAUGUCUAUUAUUAUUCCAUUUAAUAUAUUUCCCUUUAACCAAAGAAUGCACAACAAAUAUCACUGAGGAAGUGUCCUUUAGCUAUUUAAAAAACUUACUUACAUGUUAUUACUUCAUAAGUGCAAAUGAAAACCAAAAUGCAGUUAUUAUUUUAUCUACUACCCCUUUACUAAUUUACUGUCAUAUUUCUCAAAAAUGACCCAAAUAUAGAAAAAUACAUAAAAAAAAACACUUGUUGUCCUGAUCUCAUGCAGAAGGUGAACUUCCUAAUAGCCCUCUGUAGUUUUUGGUCAAAUCCUACAUGGCAUCCCCGGCCCCCACCCACAUACUCACCAAAUCGUAGCAGCACACUGACGGCAACUAAGACUAGGGAACCCAGCAGGGACACCAGGAGCCAGACGGCCGGGUUCCAGCACCUACACUCGCUCUCCGCCACGCGCUGGCCUCGCAUGGCUGCCUGACUGACCAUCCGCCUGCAACAUACACAUUCACACACACUGUCAGUCUCUCUCAUCCAGCUGCCCGAAGUCCUGAGCUACAUGUGAGCGCACCUCUAAAUGUAGCAGAUUAGAGCGUUGUAGACACUUUUCUGCUACUACAAACGCAAUCACUAUUUUCUGUCCUGGUUCAGAGUAGCCUAAUUAUAGUAUUGGAUUGUUUUCUCUGAUGGCGCCUGCAGCUGUUGGUAUUGUGCUGUAGUAGGUAUUGAUGGUAGUCCGAAGUCAGGCUUGGGAAAUGUGCCACUCAAAAAGAACUUGUUUUUUGGAGAUCAUGUGAUGCACAUGACUCCCUGUGGACAUAAGAGGCCUGUAAGGAGGUUUGUAUGUCAUAAAAACACUUCUCAGAGCAAACCUGGAACAGAUUAUAAAGUCACCCCAGUUCCCCAGACAUAGACAUGUGCCACCGAAAAAUUCUGCUGUUGCCAAGAAAACACCGGGAACUCAGAAUCAAGUUACUUACUGUGCUGUUUUGUAAGCACAAAAUGGCCGUGCACGGACCUGGCAGCUGGUAGCAGAGGCCGGAACAAGAGAACCAGGGUGAGGUCUGUUACACUGAUGGUUACACUGAGGAAGUCUAAUUUCCAAGCUUCGCAGCACCAUCAACAGCUGGGGGAGGCUUGUGUUACAGAAAGAGGUGGGCACCUGUGGCAUGGUUUUUGAUAAUCAAGGGGAUUUUCCUACAGACAGAGAAUAUUGGGAUUCGCUGACAAUCACUCAAUCAUUGGAGUUAGAUAGUACUGUGGUCAGACAUUAAAUACCCUGUAUUCUUCUCAUGUGAAAACUAGGAUGAAUGACAUUUAGCUAAAACCGAAAGGGAAUUAGGUUACUGAAAUGCCGAAAGAAAAAGCAAUACAGUAUAUCAUAAGAUCACCAUGGGGAAGUUGGAAUUCCAAAUGUCACAUAUUCUUUAAGUAUCCCAGAAAUUAAUUGACUUGUGUUUAUUAGAAGCAUGGUGUCAUUAGGAGACCACAGCAUGUGGCUUGGGUUGUUUGUCUCUUCACUGAUGCAGAAUUCCCCCUGACCUUACACAGGAAUGUGUAUUAGGGGAUGAUGAGGGGAGAAUUUGAUAUUGGCCCCUCGAGAUAGUGGACAUUCCGAGCCCAGGGGGCACAAAAAGACAUUUCUGCUUUCUGUGGUCCCCAUCGUCAGGCAUAAACACUGCUUCCUGCAAUCUGUCACUAGAACCCUCCAAAACGCUUAGGCACCUGAUGACACUGCAGGGGCGCCUCUCAUCUCGUUGGAGAACAGGAGGCAGGAAGGAGAAGGGGGGAUGUUAAAAUCUUGAGCCACUGUACAGUAUACAUACAGUUAUCUUCAGCUUGUGGAGGUAUAUUUAACACACAAGCUUUUGUGGGGUCAUUAGUGACAAGAAAACAACUCUGGACAGUGCAGUCUUCAUCCAGGUCCAGUCCUUUUUUGCUGGACUAUUGCGUUGUCUCAAAAGGUGCAGUGCAGAAGGCCAGAGACCCACAGAGAGAUCAUUGUGCAUCCAAUUGGGAGGUGGGGAUUUUAACACCAACACAGCGCUCCAGAACCACGUCUGUCUCAUUUGCAGACUGUACCAACAAACCCCUCGAAACUCUGGGACAAAUGGCUCAGUUGUGAGGGAUGAAAAAUAAUCUAGUCCCCAAUGUUAUGUUUUUCAAUACUCCAUUCAUGGUAGGAUGUAGCGCAGAUCCGCUGGGGAAUAAUGUUGCCUUUUGUGUCGGCUCUGCUUCCCCUCCCUUCUCACUUCCCUGUGCUGAGAAAUAGCUGAAAGAUCUCGGCCCCACAAAAAUACCCCUUAAUGUCUGAGAUAAACCAAAGAAUAAUGCUGUCAGUCUCUUUAACUGGGAGAUUUUCAUGCCAGCUAAACAGAGAAUCAGUGCAUUUGUCAGCAUAGUUUUUUUUUUCUGCAAAGGCUAUUGAGUUUUUUGUGGAAUGUCACAAAAAAAUGACAAAAGACAGACAUCUUGUUGAACACAAGGAAAUGGCUUUCCCCAAUAUUAGAAUUUAGAAUUUAAUAGUAAUAAAUCGCAGAAUCUGAACGUGUUUGACAUUGUAUGAUCAUUGUAUAAUAAGGAUCUGCCUUACAACAGUGUACAGUCUUAACAUCUUCGUUAACCUCUAUCCCUUCGCAUUAUAAUGUCAUAGCAAAAACAACUUAAAUGAUGGAGAAAAACUAGAUUUAAAGACAUAACCAUCCAUUGACACUUCAAGUAUCAUAAUAAUCAAAUGAAGCAAAUAAAUAAAUCAAAAGCAACAUGGUAGUACAUAAAAAAUACAUACCUGUUAAGUAUUUAUCUUCACCCACAAUAAAAAACUAAAUAAAAAUAAAAUAGGUUUUCUCCCCCAGAAACAAAGCACAAAAAAUGUCCUCAGUGCAAAUAGCAGGCAGUUUAAUUCCACAAGUCACAAAGAAAACACAGAAACUUGUAGAAAUGUAAGUAGGACACUCAGAGUAUCCAGCGCUACUUGUUUAAGGUGUUUCAUCUCCUUAACCCUGCCUGACUAUAAGUACCUGGCUUCAGCGGCAGAGAUUACGUAAAACAAUAAAUACCAUAGCAUUGUAUGUUAAUAUUCCAACACCCUGCACUGGUCUAUGCUUAAGACAAGCAGGAGGGGCAAAAAGAAAAAGAAAAAAAAAGACAAAGACAAUGAAAGCUAACCCUUCACUGCUACCACUGCAUCUCCAGUUUCAGGUAGCGCUCAGAGAAGGUGCGGUCCUGCUCAUCUCUGCACACACUCGCAGGGGGAGACAAGGCUGUGGCUCAGGUCCUGUGUCUGUGAAUGUGUGUGUGUGUGAAUGUGUGUGUGUGCAUAGAACCCACACAGAAGUACUCUAGAGCAAAACACUGUGCGAUUAUGAUGCAAUGAAAGUUAUAAAUCAGAACGUCGUACACAGAAGUUCCUAGAGAGUUUUGAAGAAAUCCUCCAGUCCUCGUUAACUCCCACAGAAAACUGAUGACUGACAAAUGAUCCACCGCAGUGGAAUGAAAAGACAAGGGAAAAUGAAGAUGAAGAUCUUGGCUGAGUGCUUAAUAAUGCAACUUUGAAGCGGACAUAAAAUUAUGCUCAAUGUGAGCUCUCCUUUAAAGUUCCGACACCACCUUUCAUCAGAUGAAUGAACGAUACACUUUCUUAAAAUAAUCUUCACCAACAUGAUCUCACCCUCAGCAUGCGCAUCAUCUGAAAUAAAUAGUACUCCACAAACCUUAUUCCAUAAAUUCCUGCACUCCAUCUAGUGUAUUUGUUUUCCAAAAAGUUUCUCCUUUCAGAUAGAAAGAAGCUUUAUGUGUCUGAAUGUGUAAUAUUUCAAACAUACUGUAUUCUAUAGUUCUUUCAAUCGUCCUCUUACAAAGAAAAGCCUGGGGCCUCUCUGAAUUGUGCAGCAGACUAAUUGCAAUUGCUUCCAAACACUAAUCCCUCUUGAGCCGUGGAGAAACGUGCAAGCUGUCCACGGCCAUUAACAGGCUUUUCAAGGGCCAAUUCAGGCCUCCUUCCUGCGGCUUCACAUGAAACAGUAGUUAACCCAAAAUACAGGGAUUCUGUUACACUAAGUUACAUUUCUGAACCCCCAGGAUAGGAUUGAGACACUGCAUCACACAGCCCAAAUUACAGAUUUACUAUAUAGCCUUGUCUUGCCAUCUUUGGUCUGGCUGCGAAUUACUCCACAGUAAACAACAGUAUGAAUGUGUGUGUGUGUGUGUGUGUGUGUGUGUGUGUGUGUGUGUGUGUGUUUUGAAUCAGUGUGUUUCCAGAGCAAACUUAGAACGGUUACUGUAAAUAUUCCAACUAUUACUUACAAUAGUUACUCGUUGAGUUAUUAGUUUCAGCUAAUUAUUUUUUAUUUACUUAGUUACUUACCUGAGUUUUUACUUCAUUAGCUAAUUUAUUGACCACUUGGGGGCAGCAGAAACAAGCUGUGAACACAACCCUAACAUAUUUGCACCUUAUAAAAUCUUUAUAGCACAAUUAUUAGCAAACAGCUGGCCUUUUUACACACCCAGGGAUACAGAGCAACACUGUCAUUCAUUCGGAGUCGUGUUUGUGACCACCUGAUGAGUGUGAGUCCAAUAUUAAUUCACGUUUUAGCUCUGUUUUUGGUCUCCACCAAUUUCUGAGGGAAAAAUCUGGUUCUUUGGUUGCUAAAAGCUUCACUAUAUUCACUAUUGCUAACUUUGUCUUUCUGUGAUUGAUGCUGAGCAGGUAGUGUACAGUGGGUUCAUCAGCGAUUUUUUAAUGAAUCAAAAGGUAAAGUUGCGGGCUAUGACACCAAAACAAUGAGCUGAAAAAUGCUAAAACAUUUUGUACAUCAUAGAGCUGAGGGGAACUACAUAGUCAGGUUUGGUUUGUAAUUAAGAGUGACCUCUCCUACAUAAAAGUCAUAUGAUGAUGAAAAUGUCUGCUGCAUUCUUACAAUUAAUUCUGUAACCUGGGAACAACUGUCAAAUAUACUUUACAGAUGUGUAAUUUCAAGACAUAACCACAUUAUAAAUAUAACAGUAGUAAAAGUAAUACAUUUGUAGAUUCUGUAGCACACUCAUUAUCUGUUUACUAUGAAGGAAGAAAAACCAGCUGUUUGAUCCUUAUUGAAAUAUACAAGAAUUAUAAUUUCUCCCCAAGGUGCUAAUAAAUCGAGGAAAGAACAAGAUAGUUGAUUUAUCUCCUGACUGUAUCACAGCAUUGGAACACUGCUGGUCUAUCAGAUCCACAGUAACCACGGUAAUGAUUGCGACAUUUCAAAAAACUAUUCCUUAAUAUUAUUUUCAUUGUGGCUUAGUAUUUCUUCUUUGCUGUCACCUAGUAUUUAAAAACUAUAUAUGCGGCACACAGUCACAGUUGAUGAGGGAUCUACAGGUGUCAUCCCUCUCCCAGUGUGUUGGAGGGUUAGGCUUAAGUGUUACUGGACUCUUCCACACACAUAUUACAAGGAUUCCCAGCUGUGCUAAGACAUACAGUGAUGGAGAGAUGAUCAGCAGUGGUCACCUACAAUACAAGCCUGACUGUGAGUUAAAAAGCCUCCCUCUUCUUCUAAGUGCUUAGGGGCACUGCAGUGAGGAAUCUCUUUGAUAGAUAACUAUGUUAUUUCCUCACUCAUUUCCUCAAUGUUGUAUUGUUAAUGUUGGAGUCUGAAUUUUGUGGGACCAGCUUAUGUAAGCUGUACACACAGUGAGAGUAAACUCAAAAACUAGAUUCCCGCGCACUCCAGUUCAUCAACCUGAACCACACUAACCUGCUUGAAUGUGAUAUAUUGAUUGGAAAUCAGUCCAAUGAGCUCAGAUGUUUGUGCUGGUCUAUUACCAUUAUGGGGCUUAGAUGAAAAGAGAGAAACAAAGCUUCCGCAAACAAAAGGCAGGAAGGAAGGAAAGGCUCAAUGAAGACCUUUCCAAAUUUCCAAGAAGAGACACACGCAAUGUGAGCCAAACGGGCUAUUUUCAGUUGGAAAUUGUGAUGUUUCUCUUAGUGUGUGAUAAUUUGGUGGGGUCGGCUAUGGUAUAUGUUCUUGGAGUCUAUUUUACAUAACUCCAGUGGAGCACACUAUAAGGGGUAGCAAGUUCAUAGAUCACCUUUGGUUUUGUCAUGGUGUCAAAGUCUCACAAAGCUAUAGGUUAGGUAAAUGAAUUCGUUCUGUAGUCAUGAGGGUCUUGAAUUUGAGCUUGACACAAAUAGUGCCACGUGACAUCCUGUUACCUUUGUCUUGGACUAUUAUUUCAAGUGGGUCAUGACGACAGGUAUUGGAUAUUGCAGGUGGGAAAACUGUGACACAAAUAUCAUCCAGACGUCAAGACUUUGAGAUUUAAGUCCUUUAUUGCCAUGUAAUUCCUAAAUUCCUUCACAAAAAUUAAUCACAGCAGUGAGUAUGAUGCAUAACAUGUGGGCUCAAUAAAUAGACUUGGUCUGGUGACUUUGAUCUUGGUGUUCGUUUUUAAGAUUUCAGUGACAAAUUGCUGCCGGUAUGUUACAUCGUCUCCAGGGUAUUGCGCCAGUGCCGGCAAAAUAAUUGUUUGAUUCCGGGACUCAGAUGUCUUGGAAAUAAAAGACACUAGGACAAAACCACACCUGCCUCCGGUCAUUUGGCUCGUGUAGUGAAAACACUUGAAACACACACAAAGGUUUUACUUGAAAUAUUGUUUUAAUACAAAUUACAGAAUAAGCCACAAAAGACACUUUAUUCUUGCAAAAGAUCAGAUUAUAAAAUAUGAAACUACAGACGACAACAAAAGAAGUCGGCAGAGUAUCACAUAUGAUUCAAAAAGGCAAAUAUAUAUUUUGCUGAUGCUUUUCGCAUUAUCACAAUUCUAUCACAUUAUAAAAUAUACAGAAAGAUGUACCUCGCAUCACAGAUGGUGUCCCACUGAGUUGUUCCAAAAAUACAGGAAUCCCACAGUAUGUGCCAGAAUAUAUUACAUGUGAAAAUUUAGGUAUAGGUACAGAAACAUGAUCACAGCAUGUGCCUGGUCUCAUCACGUGCAGAUCACAGUCGAGGCAGAUUUACAGUGGGGUCAAAAGCAGCCCAAACACAGAAACAGGAUAUCUACUGUAUUUGCAGGGAGGUCUUUUAACUCUUAGAAGCAAACUGCGUUAAAUGUUUAAGGAGAUACAGCCACAGGCACUGGAAUAUUUUUGCAGUGCAUGUGCUCUCCCUCUCUCUCUGUUCCUGCCUCUUCCCAACAGUCUGCCACACGUGAGCAUACAGAGAUGGAAAUGAGAGAGGGAGCGGUCCAAGGACACCCUGAUAACGCAGAGUGAUGUACUGAAUUUCUCUCUUUCUGUCCAUCUCUGUCACUUUCACCCUCACAAUGAGCACAAACCGUUAGAGAUGCUCUCCCCUAAUGCACUUGCACUACUGAUAAAUUACACUGCAAACAUACUUAUAUUCUCUCUCUACUUAUACAAAUGCCACCCAGUGGCCAGGCAUGGCAUGUUUGGCCUCUUUGAUGGAUUUUGGCAACAUGAUAUUGAAAAGGUAUGUACAUACCGUUGAGGAUUUAUACAUUUCAAUAUCAUUGUCGUUGCCAAAUAAGGAAAUCUCAGGAAGCAUUUUCAAGCAACGACCAAGGGAUCAUAUUAAACAGCGCAUUCCUGUUGAUUACCUCCUCACGUGCAGAGAAAAGUGAGAUAUAUAACUAGGAUAACGAUAGCAAUCACAUAUUAGAUGAAAUGCAUAUUGUGAAAUGCAACUGACAACUCGACCAGACUGACUAAAAUAUUACUGUGACCACGAUGCAAGCAUAAAAACAUAAAGGAUUCAAUUCCUGGUGAAAGGAAAUGUAAGAUGGUGGAUAGUCCUCACAAUCAGAUCAGGUAACAUAAAGUGUUGCGAAAUCAGACCUAUUGAAAAAACAAGGAUCUAUGGUGAGAUCUGUUUCCCUUUACCACCACCUACAGACUUUCCCUCCCUCCCAAGCCCCUGUUUGUCCUUCCCUGCCUCCUCAUUAGCCACUUGUUCUGCACUUCCUAAUUAUCUUUCCUUGGUGUAUUCAGACAUUGAGAAUGUUUCCUCUGUCUAGUUAACUGCAUAGCUUUACUGUCAUAAUGUCCAGCCAUUCUUUAAUCCCGUUUCCUGUCUUACUACAAACAGUGUUUUUUUUUUAACAUCCCCUGUGCCUGCCACUAGUCUCUGCACGCUUGACUUUGAACUUUGAUUUAGUAAAUGUAUUUUCAGCCCAGCCUGCUGUGUUCUGUGUCUGCUGCUUCCCUCCUUCCUGUUUGCAAGUUAUCCAAAACUGUGACACAAGGGACAUUUUGCCAGUGCUUUAAAACACAUGCACACACACAUCACCGGUGUUCCUCUUUCAUUAAACACUGUGCAGACACCUGACAUUACACGGAGAAAAUACAAUUAAAAGAUGAUAAACGCUAAGAGAAGGUUUUAUGUUAAUAUUGCAAUUUAUGGUACUAUUGGAUUCUAGAGUAGGCCCUUUUACAGCAGCCAUUUUGGCUUGUUAUAUUAGGAAAAGCACAGGUGACAACAUUAAUGAUGGCUUUGUUCUAUUCUAAGUUCUAUUCCAGUAACCCAUGAUAGUGUGACAAAGAGCCAGGGUGCAUAAUACCUGCACCUGAAAGUGAAGCAUGGAAGGAAAUGGAAUACCAUCAUUCAUUUUAUCAUUUGAGCUUUUCCUACAGUGACAUGUUAAAUGUCUUUUGGUGAAAAAUGUGACCUACUGUUUCUGUGAAAUCUUAUAAUUCAUAACAUUUGAUUUCAAGGGAGCAUAUUGUAGCUUAUUCAUUAAACUGUGUUUUCUCCCAGAAGAUACCAGUGUAUAAUUAUUUGUCUAAUUAUUUCUCCCAGAGGACAAAAUAACACUGGUUUCAUAAAAUGGGAUUCUUAUCCACAGCACAUAAAUAUUAAGGUAUAUUAACCCUCAAAACUCUUGCAUACAUAUAAUUAUCAUGACAAAAAAAGAAUAUAAUGCAGGUUGUCAGGUUAUCUGCCAACUUGACCAUUAGUUAGUGGUUUAGUAAGGAGCAUUAGGAGAAUGCUUUGCAUUAAAAUAUAGUUAAUAAUAAUAAUAAUAAUUACGCCUGUUUAUGAUAAAUCAAAAUAUGAUCCAAUACGAUGCUCCCUCUUCACUCUGUACUAGCAGCCUGCCGCCACUAGUGGUCACCCGUCUCACACAAGUUAGUUGGACUCGGUUUAACGCAAUGAUUAUGUUGCCUUCAGGGAUUGACAGAAAUACUGCAAUUAGUGUAAAAACGCACAUAAACACUUAAAUGCACCGGCACCCCAAAAAGGCAGGGUAUUUAUUAACUAGGAAGUUUAGGAGAAGAGGAAAAUGCAAUUAGUAGGAAUGGUAGAGAUGUAAACAAUAACUCCUGAGAGAUAAAUUAGUACUGAAACUUUGAUGCAAACAUUGCACUGUCAAUAAAAAUGACUCUCCCCGUUGUGUUGUUGGAGGACAAUGCAAAUCUAUCGCGCUUGACUUUCAACAUUCACACGGAAAAUUUGUUUUGGUAUUCCUAAUGAUUGUCAUUUCAUCUGAGCUCAAUGAUGAGACGUGGACGAAGCGCACUUGAAUGCAGCAGUGUUCCCGGACGGGCCAGCAGAAUUACGCUGGACACACAAUGUGUAUGUGACACUGCUGCCUGACAGAUAAACAAACCCCUUCUUGUGUGGCUCUAUGGACCUUUAACAGCUGAACGGUAUCAGUCUCAAUGUUGCUAGACAGCUCAUUUUAAUGCCGAUAAAAGCACUUUGGUUGAAAGAUAAUGACUCCAUUGAUGAAAUGUUAAAUAUAAGAAUUGCGUCCGCUGAGAGGUGAGUUUGAUACAACAAGUUGUGGCUAGAAAACUUAACGGUUAGCUAAUACUGGCUAACAAGACGUAGUAGCUAAUUUAGUGGUCAGGACUUGCUCUUUCCAGUAUACUACAGACUGUUAUUCACGCCGCUAAAUAGCGUUACAUACAUCAGCUACAUGACCAUAUAAUAGUUUGCUAAAUGAAGCUAGUUAAUUAGCCGUUGACCGAAGUCCCUUCCUCUGUAAUAUGAACCUUAUCCCUGCGCCCACACGGGCACCGCUAAGUUGGGCUAGCGAUGGGUGAAAUUGGCCACAGUAAUGAUAGCUAACGGUGCAUUACUGUUUGCGCUUUUCAAUGGAAGUUCACCAGUUCACUUGUUGCAUCCUCAGCUGACUGCUCCUAAGCAUAAGCUCCAUUAAUCGUAUCUCGUGCUGAGUAAAUUUAGAUUUGCCUGUUUGCUUUUAUGCUCUCCAGUGCUCAAAGGUUGUUCGUUCUACCAUACAUCUGCAUGAUACGGAUAUGUGUAAUUAAUUAAUAUUAAUGUCAUGAUUUGCUUGGUAGGUUUUAACAUCACAAGCUGCAUAGAGAGAGUUUCCAGAGGCAAAUUCUUUCUCCAUUUUUAACAAAAAGCACAAGUUUUCAUUGGUGUAUUCAUUGUGCUUGUUUUCCUGAAGCUCUCCAGAGGGCUGCCUUCUUUUUUCUGAAUCCUCUCUUUACCAGAGAAAACCAAUAGUCUAAUCAUCGUCUGUGCUUUCACCUUGCUGGAAACAUUGCAUUUCUUGUUACUACAUUCAUCUAAAACGUUUGAAAAUAACUAACCAUUUCUCCAAUACUCUCACAUCCCCCUCAUCUUUCCAGUGACCCGGUGUGAUAAUUGCAUGCUGCAUGUCCGAUAACCUCCCAUCACCCACCUGCACUUCCUCUCAUUUCUGAUGCAUGGCCCUCCUUUAGAGAUGAAUACGUCUCACCGUUCCUUGCAUGUUGUGCUGUGAAUGUGGCGUCAUGAGGAAAGACAGGGAUAACCCUCCGGCACUGUCAUCCACAAAACCAUGCCAGGGCCAGACACACUAUGGACGAGAGCUAAAAAGGCUGCAUGCUGAUUUGGAAGCAGAGAAGCACCGUACACAGCGGGCCAGUCGACACCUCUCUGUGGAGCUUAGGCACCUGCGGGAAGAAGCAGAGAGGGAACUGCAGAGGGCCGUGAGGGAGCUGACGGCCAGGCGAGGGUGCCAAAAAGACAGGCUCUAUAACAGACAUUGCCGUCUGCUGGCUAAUGAGGUGAACAUUAAAGACAGUGGACGAUGCGCUGAGGUUGAGUCCACAGGGAGAGAGGCUUUCUGUUUUGGAGAAACUUACACAAAGCUGGAGCAGUUGCUGCUGACGCUGAAUGAAAAUAUAAAUGGUGAGCAGGCAGUCUAUAAAUUGCAUCACAGGGAGGAAUUGGAGCUAGAAAAGGCCAUCUUCCUCUGCCACCUGCUAGAGGCCUAUGGAAGACUGGUGCAGGGGAGGCAGAGAGCAGAACCCCGCAGCUACAUUUUUAAAAAGCCAGAUCAAGAAGACAGCAGUAACUCCUGGCAGACAAAGCCUCUCCUAACAAACUCCAGGGCCUUGCUACAGAGAUCCCAGAGUGCCUCCCACUCACCAAACAAGAAAACCAAACAAGAUCGACGAAAGCAGCCUUUAGGGAGGGCCCUCACUGUAGCUGACCCCUGCACCACUGCUGCAGUCGUGGACACCUGUCGGGGCAGCUCUCUGAAAAUUUGUCACCCUCACAACACUCCCCAUGCAGGCUGGGACAACCAGCCCCCCUACUGCGCAGAGUCCUCUGGGUCAGGCAUGUCAUCGCCCUCCAAAUGCAUGGACAGAAACAUGGAGAAUGGUACUGACUAUGGGUUCCUGGUGCGUCAGAACUCUGAACUCUUGCGGGCUCUCGAUGAGCUGGAGAAGACUUGUACCACACUGAGGGAGGAGAAUGGCCUGCUGCGGAAGAGCAGCGCCCCAGAGACUGAGGAGAAGGUCAGACGGUUGAGGAGAAAGAACACAGAGCUGGCUGUUCUUGCUAAGAGGCUGGAAGAGAGGGCUCGAAAACUGCAGGAGGCCAACCUCAAAGUGGUGAAUUCCCCGUCACUGAUGAGACCCGGGUCAGUGGAACAGUACAAGAGGGCGUUUGCCCGUCAGCGAGCUCGUGACCUCGCCCAGCACGCCGAUGCACUGCUGUCUAAGGACAAAGAGAUUGCUGCCCUACAGCAAGAGUGCAGAGAGCUGGAGGCACGGCUGGGCACCACUAAGGGCUCCCCUGUUCCAUCUGGCAGAGUGGAAUUUGAGAGGCUUCUCAGGGAGUCUCAGAGGGAGGUGCUGCGGCUCCAGAGGCAGCUGUCGGUCACAUCAUCCAGACAGAAGCACGACCAUAGCCCCGACCCUGGUGGCCCAGAGAAGUGUGGGGAAACUGGGAAGGAGGAGGGGGAAGAGAAGGUUGUAGAAGAGACCCCGAGUGUGGUAUUAGAUGAAGCUCCAUCCAGGUGUGAGAAGACUCCCGGAGAGGAGGAGGAGUCGUGGCUGCGAGUGACGCCCCAACCGGGCCUUAGCCCGAGCCCCUCCCAUCAGGAGGAACGCACAGAGGAGCAGCGCCUACAGUUUCUGGAAAGUGAGCUGAGCAAGAAGAGAAAAGAAUGUGAAAACCUUGAGCAUGAAGUAAAGAAGCGACAGAAGAGAUGUCUGGAUUUGGAGAGCCAGCUUGAGGAUGAGCGAGGCAAAAAUGAGCAACUAAAGGAGGAGGCAAAUCUCCUCAGGAGGAAGGCACAGCUGCUCGACCAGACUCGGGCUGAGAAUGAGGAGCUGAGGGAAGAUCUCUCUGAAGUGACCGCUCAACACAAUUCAGUUCUCGAGGAGAACCAGAGACUCCGUGCCAAACUGGAGAACCUAGAGCAGGUCCUAAAGCAUAUGCGAGAGGUCGCCGAGCGAAGGCAGCAGCUGGAAUUGGAACAUGAGCAGGCACUGGCUAUCCUUAAGUUCAAACAGGAUGAAAUCAAACGGUUACAGCGGGCUCAGUUAUUCGCCAAGAGGGAGCAUGAAGGAGUGGUUCAGAUGCUGGAGGAGUUGACUCAGCUUGUGUUGCGGAGGGAGCUGUCAAAGGUACGAGAGCUGGAGGACAAAUGUCGCAGCCAAAGCGAACAGUUUGGCUUGCUGUCCCAAGAGUUGGAGAAGUUCCGACUGCAGGCCUCGAUGGUGGACCUGGCCAGCUCUAGCCUCCUUAACAAUCCUGGCCUCUCUGUUCUGACCAAUGGGGUGGGCCUGACUGCUGAACGAGAUGUGGCCACUGCUCUGCGGAUGGGGGCCACCCCCCACGCCGCAGGGCUGUCCAGGGUGGAGCGCUCGCCUGUCACCAAGCAUCGAGAGCUGCCCACCAUCAGUGUCAGCAAGUCAGGCUCUUCCUCCAGCAAGUCGGAAACCACACACCUCACCCCCAAGUCUGACACCCACCUCAGUCCGCACAAAUCAAGCCCAACACAUGAGUCCUCUACUUCUGCAUUGUGUUGUUCUCAGGUGGACACUGCCAGUGAAGUAGAAGAGCUUGACAUUGACGUAGCCCCGGCACCUUACACAGCCAGCAGAGGAGCAGCAAAGCUUCAGGUUUUCAUUGCAAGAUACAGCUAUAAUCCAUAUGACGGCCCCAAUGACAACCCUGAAGUGGAGCUUCCACUCACUGCUGGAGAAUACAUCUAUGUGUAUGGAGACAUGGAUGAUGAUGGCUUCUAUGAAGGUGAGCUGAUGGAUGGACGGAGAGGGCUGGUCCCCUCUAACUUUGUGGAACGUGUAUCGGACGACGAUGUCAUGAGCACUCACCAUCCAGAGACAGGGGACAUGUCACAUAACUCCCUGCUAGACAGCAGCUUGCACAGUGCCAGCCACCAGCAUCACCUCCACAUGGGCGUCAGCGCCUCAGAAAGGACAGAAGCCUCUGCUGCCUCUGGCCCUGCCUCAGCCCCUUCAGAUUCAGCAUCGGCCUUGGCUGUCCCAGCCCCCCUCACCAACGGCCUGGACUUGGAUUUGGAGGAGGUGGGAGUGGACAUUGUGCCUUACCCACGUAAGCUCACCCUCAUCAAGCAGCUUGCCAAGAGCAUCAUCAUCGGCUGGGACCCUCCGUUGGUGCCGGCUGGGUGGGGCAAUGUGUGGAGCUAUAAUGUGUAUGUGGACCAGGAGCUGCGGCUCAAUGUGCCCUUCGGUUCCCAGACCAAAGCGGUGUUGGAGCGGCUAGACAUAAACCUCAAGGCCUACCGUGUGUCAGUGCAAAGCCUAACAGAGAAGGGCCUCUCAGACCAGCUGCGCUGCAGCAUGCUGGUCGGACGGGAUGUUUCUGUGGCGCCCACGCAGCUCCGCGUGGACAGGGUCACCGCCACCUCUGCCAACCUGACCUGGCUGCCCAGCAACAGUAACUAUGUGCACAUUGUGUCCUUGAAUGACGAGGAGUGUGAGCUGGUGAAGGCUGGCUGCUGCUCGCUGUGCCUCAAUAACCUCUUGCCCAGCCUGCAGUACACAGUCAAAGUGGAGGCACGGCCGCACCGCACGCCAUGGGAGUUACCUGUGGAGCGACGUGAACACAGAAGCGCUACAAUCACCUUCACCACACUGAUGGCAGGUCCCCCUGAUGCUCCUCUGGAUGUACAACUGGAGCACGGUCCCUCCCCGGGGAUCGCCCUCAUCAGCUGGCUGCCAGUCACUAUAGAUGCUGCUGGGACCUCCAACGGAGUCCGAGUCACUGGGUACACUAUAUAUGCUGACAAGAAAAAGGUGCUGGAGGUGUCUUCCCCAACAGCCGGCAGUGCCCUGCUGGGCCCUUCUCAGAUCCAUUCCCUGCUGGCAGCUCAGGAGCUUACUGUCCGCACCAUGUCCGCCCACGGGGAGUCCUGUGACUCUUUGCCAGUCGAUGUGCCCUCCAAGCUGGCCGCCAUCAUGGCAGGUCCAGCUGUCACCCCCCCAGUUGUGCCACCCUUAUCCUGCACCCCUGCAGGUUCCAGUAACCCGCACUCACCGAUGCCCUACGGGAACUCUGCUGCCAAAGUCUCCAUGUUGCCCAGCAUUUUGCCAUCGGACAUGCACAUCACUGGCCUCACAGAGGAAGCUGCUGCCAACCCUCCUCAUGCUCUCUACUCAGAAUAUCUUCUCUCAUCUGCCUCAUAUGUGAAGGCCUGGGCCAACCCCUCAUCUGCUGCUGCCUUGGCUGCGUGUGAGGCCACAUCACCAGAAGUCUCCACCAUCACACCAGUGGUUAAUGUGACCUCCCCCACCACCUCAGCACCUCAACCAUCUCCAGUAGCAGCACCAGCACCUGCACAAGCACAAGUAACAGCAGCAGCAACAGUGCUGGAGCAACUCAGAGACACAGACAGCCCUGGAGCGAUACGUCCGUUCCCUUCUAUCACAGAGUUCAUCGAGGACCCCAGUGCCAAGCUCAGGACCCCUGAGCGUAUCCCUAGUCCACCCAAAGUCCCGUUCACAGACUUCCUUAACCCUGAAGACACUAACCUCCUCCGACCCCCCUGCCCUUCACCGCUGGAGUCAGAGGUAGAAGAGGAGCAAGAGAAUACCCGCUUGGUGUCCAUUGAGGAGUUCUUGAGACAGGACCAAGAGCCAGCGUACUGUAGCAGGCAGCAGAGCUACAGCAGAGGGCUCGUGGAGCCUCCCAGUGACUACCACGCAGACAACAGCCGUUCAGAUCUGUCUGACAUCCUGGAGGAGGAGGAGGAGGACCUUUACUCUGACCACCUCGGAGAAGCACAGGCCAGGGGCUACACUGUUGGAGCUAAUAGGUCAUGCAAGUCAGAGCCUUCAGACAGUGAUGAGGAGGUUCUUGAGAGGAUCCUUAAGUUGCCUCCUCAGGUCUCCAAAAGCAAGCAGCUGUUCAUUAUUCCUGAGGUGACGGAAGAAGAAGAUAGCAGUCAAGAAGAGCCUUCAAUCCACCAUAGUCAGCCUCGGCUCAGGCCCAGCCCCCUUCACCCCAGAGACUCAGAACGCCUCCACCAUGCCCCACAGCAUCACCCGCAUCACCCUAACCCACACCCAAACAUUCCCCCUCACCAUCACCACUUCAACAGGGAUCCUAGAUCCCUAACCCAAGAGCCUUUACUCAGGCACGGACCCCUGCAGGUCAAGCCUAAGACACAGCACAGGGUGCACUACGCAGACACAGUUGACACCAUCAGUUAUCCCGAACAAGACAUGAGUUUAUAUGAUGGUCCCACCAGCAGGCGGGCCUCAGCCCGCUGUCCUCCCCAACCGACCCCAAACAGCAAGGAAAGAGUACUGCUCAGAGGGCUAGGGGACCGCCUUAGGAGGGAGGCCAUGCUCAGGAGUCAGAUGGCUGUCACUGCAGCAGCCAACCCUGGCUAUGGUCCAACCCCGCCAAGACCCUACCCAGUCAGCAAAACAGUAAGGACAAUGAGGUCACCUAUUAGUCGCGGGUUGGAGAUCGACGUGGAAUACGGCACAGACGACAACGAGGAGCCUGUGGAGUACAGUCCCGGGGAGGUGGUGGUGGAGCAGAUGAGCUCCGAGUGGUGGGUGGAGGGGGCUCAAAUGGAGCCCUGCAGACCUUCUCUCCGCCGCGGGCUGAAGGCUGAUCUACUGGAGCCAAGUCAAAUCCCUCCAGCUGAGAAAGGUCCGUUGCGGGGAGCCCAGGCCGAGCUCUCUUCUAAACCAGUGUGCUUGCAGGCCAGGCAACUCAAAGGUGGUGUUGAUUCAUCAAAGAUAAAAGGAGACAGUGACAUACGCAUCUUCGUGGCCCUCUUCCCUUAUGAUCCUGCCACCAUGUCACCCAAUCCUGAUGCUGCUGAGGAAGAGCUGCCCUUCACUGAAGGACAGAUCAUCAAGGUUUACGGAGAUAAAGACUCAGACGGGUUCUACCGAGGAGAGUCUGGUGGUCGUCUGGGCUUUGUGCCAUGUAACAUGGUGUCUGAGAUCCAGGUGGAGGAUGAGGAGACCCGCCUGCAGCUGCUGCAGCAGGGCUUCUUGUCCACAGCGGCCUCCAUGGAAAAGAUAGAUCCCAGCCAGACUCCCACCGCUGCUGCUGCGGGGAACCCAGCACCAGGAGCUCGCAGGAUGGUCGCCAUCUUUGAUUAUGAUCCACGAGAGAGCUCCCCCAACACUGACAUAGAGGCUGAGCUGACCUUCAGUGCAGGAGACAUCAUACAUGUGUUUGGUGACAUGGACGAAGAUGGCUUCUUCUACGGAGACUUGAAUGGACACAGAGGCUUAGUACCCUCCAACUUCCUGCAGGCCUUACCAGAAGAUGCUCCAGUAGAACCUCUCUCUGCUCAGCCUGCACCAGAACCCAGGAAAGAAUCACAGGGUACCCGGACUUCUUCUACAGAGCCUCAACAUCCAGGGCCCUCAACAUUAGAAGAGGCUUUGCACCGCCAAACAGAACCUCUCCCUGACCCAAUAGAGGUCACAGACCUGCGACCCAAACUGGCACCCACUGCAAGCCCCACGUCAGACCUUGACCCCGGUCCAGGUCCAGCUCCAGAUCCAGCUUCAGGUCCAGCUCCAGCUGCAGCAGAGGCCUGCUGCUCCCCUCCAGCCCCCCUUCCAGCAGCCAGCCUGACACAGACAGACUGUUCUGCACAAGGCAAGAAGAAGAAAGGCUUUUUCUCCAAAGGCAAGAAGCUGUUCAAAAAGCUGGGAUCCAGCAAGAAAGAAUGAGAGUCAGGACAUCUGACUCCAAAUACGUCCAAAAUUCGCGUCACAUUGAAAGCACUUUUUCUAUCUUCACUGUUAGUCUCAGUUGGUAGUCAGCGUGGUCAGUGGCUAUCAGAUCCUUUAUAAAUUAUGGAUUUGCCUUAGAGCACUGCAAGACCGGCUGUUCAAUUUAGACUUUACUUUAAAACAUCAACAUACAGCUUACAGUAACACAAGAGCAUGUAGAAGUGCAUGCAGAAGUGUGCAAACUCACAAAUAUAUUCUCUAAAUACUUCCUAAUUAUCUAAGCGUAAGCAAAUGUUUAGCUCAGUAAAGGCUUUAAUGCUUGGUAUAAAACACUUAGUUAGUCCCCAAUGGAUCAGGUUCAUUUAGAGAACUCUGAUAUAGAGCGAUGUUGGACAGCAGACCAGACUUCAGCCCAGCUCAGACACGGCUAAUUAAACAUUAGCUUUAAUGCUCAUGUACUGGUGCCACUUUAUUUAUUUGAAGCAAGCGAACAGAAGCAGCAGUCCCUCUCUUCCUCUGUGUGACUAUAAUGCACUAUCCAUUCUGAAUGGAUGUAUUUUAAAUAUCUCUCUGCUUGUCCCUCACAUGCGUUUCUUGUCUUCAAGAGUAUUUAUACAGCACUUUGUACAGAACAUGUUAUUUAUUUGUAUCAGACUCUUGCCCUAAUCAUCACCACAUUGCAUGAAGUAACAUAAGGGCAGGAGGUUAGUUAUAUAGAGCUGUCAGAGACAGUGAUGAGCCACUUUGUUAUGUGUAGUUUUAAUUUAAUGUAAUUGGGGUUUGAGGUUAACAGUCAAGGUAUUUAUUGAAGUUGAACAUACUGGUAAAUAUAAAGAAUGUGAAGGGGGGCCCUUCUUGUGGGUGUGUGGGUGGGUUGGUGGUGGGUUAAGGUAAAGCUGCCCAGUCCACUGGUGAGACUGAAAACAAAUGCCUUUUUUCAGACAUUAACGCGGAAACUCUACUCCUGAUGUUUGUGACAACCGUUGCACCUGGCCUAAAUGUUGCGGACAACAUAUUUUCUGUCUGUGUGUGAGUGUGUGAGAGAGAGACCUGCUGCGUGUGCAGAAAUGAUGUAGUGUCUAGUGAUCGGUAGGCUGCUCUGUUAGCUAAUAGGGCUGCAACUGAUGAUUAUUAUAAAAUCAUUAUCCAUUCCUAGUUUUUGGAUUAAUAAUUUGAGCUGUAAAACAAAUGGCCGUCGCAGUUUUCUUACAGCCCAAGAUGGUCAUCAAGGGUCUUCAGAUCCAGAUCAAAACUCAAAAGAUAUUUGAUUUACUAAAAUGGAAGACAAGGAAAAUCAGCAGAUUCUCACACUUGAGAACAUAAAUCCAUCAAACAUAAAUAUUGUGUGUAUAUGAAUGGAUAGAGGAGAAUAUUGACCAUGUGGAUAGACGUUGUGAGCCUUAUUACUAUCUAAAAAAACCCAUCUAUAUUUGAACAACAUGAAAAAAGUUAAUAUUAAUGGAUUUUCUCACUCCUAUUCUUGUUAUGGAACUAGAGUUCUAAUAACUUGAUAUGAAGAGGAAGUACAAUGUUGCCAUGCAGUCAGUUAGCUGUUAGCUAACUUCAGCCCUGUUGACAUAUUGACACUAUUAAUAAUAUGUUUGUAUCUUUCCUAUGGAUGUACAGACAACUAUCACUAGAUUACUUAGAUUAGAGUGAAGCUGUGUCCUGAUUGCGGGUUACACCGAUAACCACAGCAGCCUGAUGCUAAACACACAGUCUGUAAGCUUGUGGGAUACAGUGGGGUUUGACCGGCGCAUGUUGGGUGUUUUUACAUAGAACACAGCGAACAGGAACAUAACAACUGCAAUAAGUUUUUUUUUAUCUUUUCUUUUGCCUCCAUGUUAUAAAGAAGCUCAACGUGUGUGUGUGUGUGUGUGUGUGUGUGUGUGUGUGUGUGAAUAUUGGGUGAGACCGGCUACACGGUGUUCCAACAUCUUCAUCAGCCCACGCAGUGUAGUGGUGAUUUGUUUAAAGCAACUUGAGCAAUAUAGUGUAUUGUGUACUGCAAUGCUAGAACUAAAAUAGAGCCAUUCUCUAUCUUUUAAUGGUUUGUGACCGUUUAGCUUUGAACAAGUAUUUUGUUUUGAUGUGACUACGUGGACCAGGCCUUAGCAUUCAGUUUGUUAGUCGGUUACAACGCAUGCAGUGAUCGUUCACUCGCUCUGAUUGGAUCUUUUAUCUGUGUGACACAGGGCUGUUAGGUAACUUCUCAGGUUUUCACUUGUAGUUUCUUAUUAACGCUGAGCCACCUGUUGACUCUGGCUGUCAAGAACUGCAGAAUAUGCCAAACUCUUAGGUGCUUUGCCUGUUACCAUAGCUAUGAGAGACCCAGCAUCCGGCAGCAUGGGGACAUUCGGCGGACUGUAAUCUGGGUCAAAGCGUUUGAAGAGGGUUGUUUUGAAGAUCAGACCUGCUUUCACUCACGUUGAAGUUUUAACACGUGGGUAGAUGGAGUCACACCUGAUCACACAAGUUGGAGGCACAUUUUGUUUUUCUUUAAUGUCAUGAUUGUUUGAAUUGUUUCGUCAGUGUUACAUAAAGGGAGCAUGAUGAUGCCAAGAAUAAAAGGGAGGUGAGAACAACAAAGACACUUUAGAUGUGAGAGUAGCCGGGAUAGAGGCAAGACUGAGGCUGUACUGUAUGUAUUGUUUUAUUUAAGCUUAUUUUUUUUUUUUUUUAAGGGCAGAGGGAGGGUGGACACUCAAAAGUUGCCGAAAUGUACAGCGAAUAUUUGUACUGAUCUUGUAUUUGACGGCCUUUAAUGCACAAGUAUUCCUCUACCUGCUGUGUAGUGAGUAGGCAGCUCCACUGUUGACUGAUUAGGACCUAGACCCAUAUAGGUAGUGUUUUAGCUCAGUUGAUCAUAUUUAGCCUUACAAGAAGACCUUGUUUAGUCUUAAUAUGUUGUUUACAGGAUGUUUAUUGAUUGCAUGCAUACCAAUGUUAUACCCAUGUUCGGCCUUAUUUAUGUUACUGUCAUAUUUGUGUUUUUCUAGGCUGACGAGUCUACAAUAUUCGACUUGUAGAUUGUCAGUGCAGUGGAAAGGACUCAGUAGGAGCUGUCUGUAUAUAAUGGACAGCGUUGGGUCUUGUGAGAUAUUUUCAUACAAUGCGGGACACUUCUUUAUUUAGGUUUUUUUUUUGUCUUUCCUGACCUGAAUUCAUUAUUUGAAACCAGUGGAAGAUUUACCUUUUUAUAUAUUCAUGUUUUUAUUACCCUUUUGGAAGCUCAUCUGUAAAUAUUUUUGUUAAUAUUGUUUUUCAGAUUUUUGUUUUUGUUUGUUUGGGGGGAGGGGUUUGUUUUGUUUUGUUUUUUUUGUUGUUUUUUUUGCAUGUCCGGGCAUUGUCAAUGGAGGAACAGUAACUAAAGAUGUAGUGCACAGAGGACUCGUUGACUUGAAAUUGUGAUGGUUUCUUUCACUAUGGAUCUUUUUACAGGAAUAAAGUAUGUAUAUUUUCACAGAAAACACGU